AGCUGUGGGUGUGUCUAGACUUCAAAAUGUUCCAUUUAGUAAUACUUUUUGGGAUGGUGAUGCAAUGCUGGACCCUUCCUCUGCAGAAUUCCUCCGCAGUGCAUGGAGCAAAAACGAGGGCAAAACGAGGGUAUUCAGAGGAGUUUCUGUAUCCAGAUGAGAUGAAUCCAAUGGACAAGAUACUUGUAGCAAACAUUGGGAUGUCGCGUUUUCGGGGCUAUGCCGUUCGAGAAGGUGACAUCGCGAGUUCUGGUGUGAGGAGCGCCAUUUCAUGUCCAAACCAAAACUGCCUCUGGCCAAAAUCGGUGGAUGGAUUUGUUUACGUUCCUUACACCAUCUCUCCUCUCUAUGAUAAUAUGGACCGGAUCACAAUCGAGAUGGGAAUGCUGGACAUCUCAUCUGCAACGUGUGUGAAAUUUGUGCCACGUACGCAUCAAGCUGACUUUGUCGAUAUCCAGCCUAGAUUUGGGUGCUGGUCAUUCUUGGGCAGGGUGGGAGGACCACAGCCACUCUCACUGCAGACUCCGGCGUGCAUGUGGUCAGGCGUGGCAUCUCAUGAGCUCAUGCAUGUGCUCGGCUUCGUUCACGAGCAGUCACGCUCUGAUCGCGACCGCUACGUCACCAUCCUGUGGGAAAACAUCAUCGAGGGUCAAAGGCACAACUUUAAAAAGUACGAGACGAACAAUUUAAACACCGUAUAUGAUUAUGACUCUGUGAUGCACUACGGGAGAUAUGCUUUCUCAGAAGAUGGAUUACCAACUAUCAUCCCUAAACCAGAUCCGAACAUUCCUAUUGGCCAGCGUGAUGGACCGAGCCGACUAGAUAUUCACAAAAUAAAUCUGCUGUACAACUGUGGUGGCCUCGUCUGAACAGAAGCUCUGGGAUAAAACUUGAAGUCACUUUAUUAAAGUAGCAGCUCAGUCACUAUUAUUGUAUAUUCCAGGCUAUAAGUCACUUUUUAUUUUGCACUGUAGCAGAUAUUGCAACUUAGAAUGCAAAGCUUUUUAAAUUUUUUUACACAUCCAACCAAUUCAUGACUUAUUAUCACAUUUGUUAAAAAAAACAGCAAAAUAUUUUUAAUAAAUAAAUAUUUCUACUAUAUCAAUGCAUAGUUGCAAAAGCUUUUCCAAAAGCUUCAGCUUAUGCGUCUUGAAGUAGUUCAUGGUGGUGGAUUUUGAGGCAUGUUUUUGGAUCAUUGUCCUUGUUGUGAAUCUCUUUUUAGCUUGACGAUAUCAAAUUUGCUUCCAGAAUUUGCUGAUAUUUACUGGAAUCUAUUUUUCCAUCUACCUGUGCAAUGUUUUUUGUGCCACUUGCUGCCACAUAACCCCAGUGAAUAAUAGAUCCACCCCAUGCGUAACAGCUGGCGAAGUGCUCUUUUCAUUAAUUACUGCUCUUAUUUUCAACAAACACUGUAUUGCAUACACUGGACAUUGAAUUUUGAGCUUUCCUUCUGAUGACUCUUCCAUGCAUAUCAUGUUUGCGCAAGCAUUGCUGCACAGUAGAACAGCGCACCAUCACUCCUGUGUCAGUGAAACCUUCUUGCAGUCCUUGCUGUCGAUUGGGGAUUUUGCGUUUCCUUUCUCGCCAGCAUUUCUGCAGUUCUGUCUGGGAGUUUUCUUGAUCUUCCAGAUCUUGCCUUGACUUUCACAUUUCCCCUUAACUGCCGUUUCUUAGUGAUGUUUUACAGACUGGAAAUUGCAACCUGGAAGCACUUUUUAUAGCCUUUUUCUGCUUUGUAGGCAUCAGUUAGCUUCAUUUUCUGACCCUCAGUCACCUGCUUAAAGGAGCCAAUGGUUGUUGAAUGUGGGGACGUAUAAGGAUGUGACGUAUAAGCCAGUGUGACUUAUUGUCUGGAAAAUACUGCACGCAUAUUACACAGCUACCAGGUUACUGCAAUUAACUGCCUAUUUAUUAUCAUUUUUUAAGGCUAUUUAACAGGCUGUCAGUUAUUUCAUGUGGUUGUGUGUAAAUAAAUUCCAUUGGACCUCAAUCCAUCAAGUCAUG